AUGUACCUUAUCCGCGAAGUGGUCAUCGAAUUGUGGCUACCGAUCAGCAGAUGGUAUCGCUAUAUACUGGUUUUUGGCGGAACCGCUGUUCCUUUCGGCCACAGUUCCAGUGACGAGUUGAACGUUUUGUCUCUGCGUACCUUACGUUGGAAUAUCAUAAAGUGCGGUGGCACGAAACCCCCUAAGCAGUACGGCCACGCGAUGCUUCGCCAUAGAGAUGUACUUUAUGUGGUAGGCGGCACCACUGGCUUUGCUUACAACAUGGAUGUGUUCGCACUUCCGCUCCGAAAAGCACCUCUUGCGUGGCACAAGUUGGAAAGCAGUGAAGCGGGUAACGGUAGAUACAGGCACGAGAUUGCUGUAUACAAAAAUCAGCUGUACGUUUUUGGUGGCGGACAGGCGGAAACUGUUUUCCGGUUAGAUGAGCUUCCAGUAUACGACCUUCAGCAGCACCGUUGGCUUUUGGUUGCUACUUCUCCUGAUCUUACUUACGGCUAUCCUUUUCCGAGGCGCUGUCACGGUUUUGCGUUGCACAAUAACUUCGCCUACGUCUGUGGCGGAAUCGAUAAUGUUCAAGUGCUAAACGACAUUUGGCAAUUUCAGAGCGGCUUUCUGAUCAUAUUCGGUGGAGUGACGGACUUGGAGGGCAGACAACGAACGAAUCGCGUGGUGGGCCUAUGGCUCACUCCUAGCCCACUUCGACUGUACUGCUGUCACAAAAUGGUAGAGUACUUUCCUGGGUUGAGGUAUCUGCCAGCGCCUCUUUUGAUGGAACUUAAGCUGCCGAAGUUCUUCACUGACUGGUUAUUGGGCGACUAUGGCGGCGAAUAUGCAGUCACUCGUCUUUUGAGUAAUUGA